UUUGUUUUGUUCGUUUCCGUUGCUUGUGCGUAAUUAUUUUCGAAAUAUAAUUUUUGUAAUUUUGUAAUUUUUCUCAUUCAGUUUUACGUGGUCCUGUUAGUUAGUUUAUUACCAUGUUAAGAACGCUUUACUUACUUCAAGCACGUAAGGCUUCGCCAAUCGGAGUUGCUUAUCGGCGAUUGAGCACUUUCACCGAAUCCAAUGGAAUUGGUCACAUUCAGCUGGACAACGAAAAAACUCGCAAUUCUUUGUCCAUCGAAAUGAUGGAUAGCAUCCAGCAGCACAUUAUUUCCAACCAGCAAAAUCCGGCAGUGCGUUGCUUCGUGCUUUCCGCCAAAGGGCGCGUUUUCUCGGCCGGACAUAAUUUGAAAGAGCUGACUCCGGACCACGGGUCCGACUUUCAUAGGCAAGUGUUUGCCAAGUGUUCCGAGUUGAUAGGUGUUAUAUUGAAGGCUCCCGUUCCGGUCAUUGUUAAAGUGGAUGGCCUGGCUGCAGCAGCCGGGUGUCAGUUGGUGGCUUCGUGUGAUAUGGCAAUUUGCAGUGAUACGAGCUCCUUUUCAACGCCGGGGGCCAAUUUUGGAAUAUUUUGCUCAACGCCAGGUAUUGCCGUGGCCAGGGCUGUUCCACGUAUGAAAGCUUCUUACAUGCUUUUUACGGGGCUUCCCAUUAGCGCACAGGAGGCACUACAAUCUGGACUAGUGAGCAAAGUGGUUCCAGCGGAUCAGCUGGAUCAGGAAGUAGAAACCAUUUGCAAUGCCAUAAAGUCGAAGAGUCGUGCUGUGAUUGCACUGGGGAAACGGUUCUUCUAUGAACAAAUUGCAAUGGACGUAAACAGUGCCUAUCAGAGAGGUGAGCAAGUUAUGGCUGAGAACCUGGCAACGGCGGACGGCCAGGAAGGCAUCCGCAGUUUUGCGGAGAAACGGAAACCAGUUUGGAAACAUCAGUGAGCGAUCGUUGACAGCCGAUAGCCUUUUGAUGCCAAAUAAGAUGAAGUAUUGUGACCGCAUAGCUUGGUAAAGCUUGUUUACUCUACAGUAUUGAGAGAGCCAUCUAUAUGACAUGUUGGUAUAGAAAUAAAUAAUAUCUUUGUUUGCUUCA